AUGUUAGUAGUGAUUCCCAGGAACACUACCAUUCCUACAUCUAAGACAGUUUGCGUGACAACUGUGUGUGAUAAUCAGCCAAAGAUUGCCCUCUCCAUUUAUGAGGGGGAGAGAGUCAGGGUUAAAGAUAAUUAUUGGCUAGGUACCAUGCUGCUAGACAUCUCUCCACAGCCGCGAGGAGUCCCCAUUUUUAGAGCUUGUUUUACUCUCAAUGAGAGUGGUACAUUACAUAUAUCCGUUGAAGAAACUAAAACAGGGGGUGCUGAGGGGUUGAGUAUGCCGGACAGGAUAGGGUCUUUUUCUGCUGAAGAAGUAGAAAACAUGGUCCGGGAUGCUGAAAAAUGCAAAGCAGCGGAUUGA